AUGGAGGAAGAAGAAUAUGAAGAAGUUGUAGAGUACUACAUUGAAGAGACAAUUAUUGAGGAGGGUGAACCACAUGAGGUGGUCACUGAGAUCACUGAGACCAUUAGCACAGACUUCACAGGUCCUAGAACUACCACCUAUACUGUUGAGCAUGAAAAACCUGCGGUUGAGGAUGCAGCACCUCCAGUCAGAAAGAAGAUAAUUCGGACAAAAGUGGACCCAUCUAAGUUUUUGACACCUUACCUCCAACACAGUAAUAAAAUGAAGGACCUAUUCAGUGAGAACAAAUACAAAGAAAAAUAUAGAAAAGAAAAAGGAAAGCCAUAUGCUUCCACAAUUGAUACACCUGAAAUUCGGAGAAUCAAGAAAGUGCAAGACCAGCUUAGUGAGGUUAAAUACCGCAUGGCUGGUGAAGUUGCUAGAACUAUUUGCCACAUUGAUGAAAAGGCCAAGGAUAUAGAACAUGCAAAGAAGGUGUCACAGCAAGUGAGCAAGGUGUUAUACAAACAGAACUGGGAAGAGAAUAAGGACAAGUACCUGCUUCCCCCUGAUGCUCCAGAGCUUGUGAAUGCAAUAAAAAACACAGCAAUGUUCAGCAAGAAACUCUAUACUGAAGAGUGGGAAGGAGACAAAUCCUUAUUCUAUCCGUACAAUGACAGUCCAGAGCUCAGAAGGGUUGCACAGGCUCAAAAGGCUCUGAGUGAUAUUGUCUACAAAAAAGGGCAUGAUGAACGAAAAUCUAAAUAUACUUCUCUGCCAGAUCCACCUGAUGUGGAACAAGCCAAGAAAGUGACAAGGCAGCUGAGUGAUAUUAUUUACCAUGAGGACUAUAAAAACAAGAUCAAAGGCAAGUGGAGUCAAACUCCAUGCUAUGAUGUUGCAGUUGCGAAAAUGAAUGCAGAAAAUAUAAGUAUGAAAAAAUACCAGGAAGACUUUGAAAAUGAGAAAGACCAGAUCUACUUUAUGCAGACUGAGACUCCAGAAUAUGAAGCUAAUAAGCGAGUUUCAAAUAAUGUCAGUAAGGUAAAAUACAGAGCAGACUAUGAAAAGAACAAAGCUAUUGCAGAUUAUAAUGUGCUUCCUGCUACAGAGAACCCAUUGCUGAGGCAAUUAAAAGCUGCAGGAAAUGUGCUGAGCGAUAAAUUAUACAAAGAAGCCUAUGAACAAUCAAAAGCCACCAGCAUAAAUUACUGUGACACACCAAAGUUCCAGACUGAUACUGUUCUGAAGAAUUUUAGUGAUGUAAAAUACAAGGAUGGGUAUCAAAAGAAUAUUGUAGGACACUAUUUGGGCAGCUUUGAGGACCCACAUCAUACACAUUGCAUGAAAGUUGAAGCUAUGAAGAGUGAUAAAAAUUACAAAGCAGAUUAUGAGGAGGAAAAGACAAAAUGCUACUUCCCUCAGACCCUAACUCAAGAGUAUGAAGCUAUUAAGAAGUUAGAGCAGUGUAAAGAUCACACCUACAAAAAGCAUCCUGAUCAAACCAAAUUUACUCAAGUGACUGACUCUCCAGUACAGAAGCAAGCAGAGAUCAAUAGCAAACAGCUGAGUGAUAUAAUGUAUAAAUCCAAAGGUGAAGAAAUUAUUCACAAGUACCACCUCCCCCCAGAUGUGCCCCAGUUUAUACAGGCUAAAGUCAAUGCCUACAAUAUUAGUGAUAACUAUUACAAAACAGGACUGGAAGAAUUAAAAUCAAGGGGAUAUGAUCUAAAAAGUGAUGCUAUUCCUAUCCGAGCUGCCAAGGCUGCUAGGCAGGCUGCCAGUGAUGUUAACUAUAAAAAAGACUAUGAACUUGCCAAGGGUAAACUCGUUGGCUUCAAGAGCCUCCAGGAUGAUCCCAAACUCGUUCAUUAUAUGAAGGUAGCCAAGAUGCAGUCUGAGCGAGAGUACAAGAAAAAUUACGAGCAAACAAAAACAAGGUACAACAUUCCACUGGAUAUGGUCAAUGUUGUUGGUGCCAAGAAGGCUCAAGAGAUUGCCAGCAAUACUAAUUACAAGAACCUCCUGCACCACUAUACUUAUUUACCAGAUGCAAUGAACGUGGAGCUGACGAAAAAUAUGAUGGAGAUUCAGAGUGAUAAUGCAUACAAAGCAGAUUAUAAUAGCUGGAUGAAAGGCAUUGGCUGGAUCCCCAUUGGCUCAUUGGAUGUAGAGAAAGCUAAAAAAGCUGGAGAUGCCUUGAAUGAAAAGAAAUAUCGUCAGCAUCCAGACACCAUUAAAUUUACAAGUGUGGUGGACUCUCCGGUAAUGGUCCAAGCCAAACAGAAUUCAGUUCAACUCAAUGACAAACUAUACAGAUCUUCUGGAGAGAAAGUUAAACACAAAUAUACUCUUACCCCAGAUGUCCCACAGUUUAUCCAAGCCAGAUACAAUGCAGCCAACGUCAGUGAUGCAUAUUAUAAACAAGACUACCAUGAUCUAAUAGCUAAAGGGAACAAUGUGUCACUUGAUGCUAUUCCAAUUACUCGAGCCAAGGCUUCAAGAAACAUUGCUAGUGAUUAUAAAUAUAAAGAAGCCUAUGAAAAAGCCAAAGGAAAGCAAGUUGGUUUUAGAAGCCUGCAAGAUGACCCUAAGCUCGUCCACUACAUGAAUGUAGCAAAGAUUCAGUCUGAGCUUGAGUACAAGAAAGACUAUGAGAAGACCAAGACUAAUUAUCAUACACCUCCUGACAUGUACAGUAUCCAGGCUGCUAAACAGUCUCAGGAUGUAGCUUCUAAUGCCCACUACAAAAAUCUGAUCCAUCACUACACUUAUCUGCCAGAUGCCAUGGAUGUUGAGCUUGCAAAGAACAUGAUGCAAAUUCAGAGCGAUAAUGCAUACAAACAAGAGUAUAACAGCUGGUUCAAGGGCAUUGGAUGGAGUCCUCUCGGUUCUCUGGAUGUUGAAAAAGCCAGAAAGGCUGGAGAUGCAUUAAAUGAAAAGAAAUACCGUCAGCACCCAGACACCAUCAAAUUUACAAGCAUACCAGAUUCAAUACCAAUGGUUUUAGCUCAACACAACACCAAGCAACUGAGUGAUGUAACAUAUAAGCAAGAGGGUGAAAAGGUAAAGCACAAAUACACCCUGGAUCCUGAUGUUCCUCAGUUUAUUCAAGCGAGAGUCAACGCCUACAAUUUGAGUGAUGCUAACUACAAAGCAGACUGGAAAAAAACUAUUGCCAAAGGAUAUGAUCUGAAACCAGAUGCCAUUCCUAUUAUUGCUGCUAAAGCUUCUCGAAAUAUCGCAAGUGAUUACAAGUACAAGGAAUCAUAUGAGAAAGCGAAAGGCAAACAGGUUGGAUACCGCAGCCUGCAGGAUGAUCCUAAACUUGUUCAUUACAUGAAUGUGGCCAAAAUACAAUCAGAUCGUGAAUACAAGAAGGAUUAUGAAGUCACCAAGACCAAAUACCAUACUCCUUUGGAUAUGUUCAGCGUGACGGCUGCCAAGAAAGCUCAGGAAGCGGUUACAAACGCUGGCUAUAAACAGCCAUUUCACCAUUAUACACUCUUGCCCGAUUCUGUGAAUCUGGAGCUAUCAAGAAAUGCGAUGCAGCUUCAGAGUGACAACGUGUACAAAGCAGACUUUAAUAACUGGUUAAGAGGAGUUGGCUGGAUACCAAUUCAGUCACUGGAUGUAGAAAAGGCCAAAAAAGCUACAGAUAUUCUCAGUGAAAAGAAGUAUCGCCAGCACCCGGAUAAGCUAAAGUAUUCUAUUACAAUGGAUGCAAUGGAACAAGUGCUAGCUAAGCAAAAUGCCAAGACCAUGAAUAAGAGGCUCUACACUGAUAAAUGGAACAAAGAGAAGACCAGCAUUCAUGUUAUGCCCGAUACUCCAGAAAUUCUGCAGUCCAGAGUGAACCAGAUCACGAUGAGUAAUAAACUUUACAAAGCUGGAUGGGAGGAAGACAAGAAGAAAGGUUAUGACAUGCAGCCAGAUGCUAUUCCAAUAAAAGCAGCCAAAGCCUCCAGAGACAUUGCAAGUGAUUAUAAAUACAAACUAGCCUAUGAAAAAGAGAAAGGAAAGCACAUUGGAUUCCGUAGCCUUGAAGACGACCCCAAGCUGGUGCACUUCAUGCAGGUGGCUAAGAUGCAAUCUGAUCGCGAAUACAAAAAAGAUUAUGAGAAGGCAAAGACUAAUUUCCAUACUCCAGUUGACAUGGUCAGUGUCGUGGCAGCCAAGAAAGCACAGGAAGUGGCUACAAAUGCAAACUACAAAAACUUGAUUCAUACCUACAAUGUUUUGCCUGAUGCUAUGAGUCUUGAAUUAGCCAAAAAUAUGAUGCAGAUACAGAGUGAUAAUCAAUACAGAGCAGAAUAUGAUGAAAGUAUGAAGGGUGUUGGAUGGAUGCCACUGGGCUCUCUGGAAGCUGAGAAGAACAAAAAAGCAAUGGAAAUUGUUAGUGAAAAGAAGUAUCGCCAGCAUCCAGACAAGUUGAAGUAUUCUGUUCCUAUGGAUUCCAUGAACAUGGUCUUAGCUUUAAAUAAUGCCAAAAUAAUGGAUGAGCACAAGUACAAACAAGCAUGGGAAGAAGACAAAAAGAAAGUUCACAUCACACCGGAUAUUCCACAGAUAGCUUUAGCAAAAGCUAAUGCGUUUAAUAUAAGUGAUAAAAUGUACCGACUUUCAUUUGAAGAAUCUAGGAGGAAAGGGUACGACCUCAGAGCAGAUGCUAUCCCUAUUAAAGCUGCCAAAGCUUCUAGGGAUAUUGCUAGUGAUUAUAAAUACAAAUUAGGUUAUGAACAAGACAAGGGGAGACUUGUAGGCUUCCGCAGCCUUCAGGAUGAUCCCAAACUUGUCCAUUAUAUGCAAGUGGCUAAGAUGCAGUCUGAUCGUGAAUACAAGAAAGCUUAUGAGAUGAGCAAGACACAUUACCAAACGCCUUCGGAUACACUCAGCAUUGUGGCAGCUAAGGAGGCACAAGAUCGUGUAACCAAUACUAACUACAAACGACUGGUUCACCACUAUAUGCUUCUACCGGAUGCAAUGAGUUUAGAACUGUACCGAAACAUGAAUCAGAUACAAAGUGACAAUGAGUACAAGCAGGAUUACAAUUCGUGGUUCAAGGGUAUCGGCUGGAGUCCUGCUGGGUCUCUGGAUGUGGAGAAAUCUAAGAAAGCCACAGAAAUUGCAAGUGAUCGGAAAUACCGCCAGCAUCCCAGCAUAUUCCCCUUUACGAAACAGAAUGAUGCCAUGGACAUGGUCCUUGCAAAGCAGAAUGCAAAUAUAAUGAAUAAACAUGCUUAUACUGAAGCUUGGGAGAAGGACAAAAUUCAGGUUCAUGUGAUGCCAGAUACACCAGAUAUCCUACAAGCAAAACAGAACAAGACGAACUACAGUCAGAAACUCUACAAGCUUGGCUGGGAGGAAAUGAUAAAGAAAGGCUAUGACCUCACACCUGAAGCCAUUUCAGUGAAAGCUGCCAAAGCUUCAAGGGACAUUGCAAGUGACUACAAAUACAAAGAAGGCUACCGCAAGCAGCAGGGACAUCACAUUGGAUUCCGCAGCUUGCAGGAUGAUCCGAAGAUGUUGUGGUCUAUGCAAGUAGCUAAGAUGCAGAGUGAGAGGGAGUACAAGAAAGAUUUUGAAAAAUGGAAGACAAAGUUUAAUAUGCCUGUGGAUAUGUUAGGCUUCCUUCUGGCUAAGAAAUGUCAGGAGUUGGUUAGUGAUAUAGACUACAAACGGAUGCUACACCGCUGGACUUGUCUGCCAGACCAGAAUGAUGUCACCCAGGCAAAGAGGGUCUACGAACUACAGAGUGAUAAUCUGUAUAAGUCAGAUCUGCAGUGGCUCAGAGGCCUUGGAUGGAGUCCUUUGGGAUCUUUGGAAUCUGAAAAGAACAAGAAAGCUUCUGAAAUACUGAGUGAAAAGAAGUACCGGCAGCACCCAGAUACUAUUAAGUUCACAAGUAUCCCAGAUGCCAUGAAUAUCGUUUUAGCAAAAUCUAAUGCCAAAAACAGAAGUGAUAUACUGUAUAGAGAGGCCUGGGACAAGGACAAGACUAAGGUUCACAUCAUGCCUGAUACUCCUGAAAUUUUGCUGGCUAAAUCAAACUUAAUUAACACAAGUGAUAAACAUUACAAGUUAGGAUAUGAAGAGCUGAAGAGGAAAGGCUAUGAUCUUCCCCCUGAUGCUAUACCACUUAAGUCAGCAAAGGCAUCCAGAGACAUAGCCAGUGAAUACCAGUACAAAACUGCGUACCGAAAGCAGCUUGGCCACCACAUAGGGGCCCGCAACAUAGAGGAUGAUCCGAAGAUGGUGUGGUCGAUGCACGUAGCCAAGAUCCAGAGUGACAGGGAGUACAAGAAAGCCUUUGAGAAGACAAAGACACACUUCAGUAGCCCAGUGGACAUGCUGGGAAUCGUGUUGGCCAAGAAAUGUCAGGAGCUGGUCAGUGACGUUGAUUACAAGCACCCUCUGCAUCGCUGGACCUGUCUGCCCGACCAGAACGAUGUUGUACAAGCCAGGAAAGUGUACGACCUUCAGAGUGAUAAUGUGUACAAGUCCGACCUUCUGUGGCUGAGGGGCAUCGGCUGGCUGCCAAGUGGUUCACUGGACGAUGAGAAGAAUAAGAGGGCGAGCCUCAUCCUGAGUGACAAGAAGUAUCGGCAACACCCAGACACCAUCAAAUUCACGAGCCUUCCUGACUCGAUGCCUAUGGUUCUGGCAAAGCACAACUCUGAAAUUAUGAACCAACGCUCGUACACGUCGGCGUGGGAGAAAGAUAAAACCAGCAUUCACAUUAUGCCGGAUACACCUGGUAUUUUGCUAGCCCAGCAGAACCAAGCGAACCUCAGUGAGAAACUGUACAAGCUUGCGAUGGAGGAAGAGAAGAAAAAGGGCUACGACAUGCGGGCAGAUGCCAUUCCUAUCAAGUCUGCGAAAGCUUCCAGAGACAUUGCAAGUGAUUACAAGUAUAAAGAAGGCUAUCGCAAGCAGCUUGGCCACCACAUAGGGGCCCGUAACAUAGAGGAUGAUCCAAAGAUGGUGUGGUCGAUGCACGUAGCCAAGAUCCAGAGUGACAGGGAGUACAAGAAAGCCUUUGAGAAGACAAAGACACACUUCAGUAGCCCAGUGGACAUGCUGGGAAUCGUGUUGGCCAAGAAAUGUCAGGAGCUGGUCAGUGACGUUGAUUACAAGCACCCUCUGCAUCGCUGGACCUGUCUGCCCGACCAGAACGAUGUUGUACAAGCCAGGAAAGUGUACGACCUUCAGAGUGAUGUAAGUUGUUCUUUCCCGGUUGUGUGAAAGGUACAGGUGUCUCUUGUGUUCUGUUCCGCUGUUGGAGAUGGUCGAGGUGGGGAGCCUGAGUCAAGGCCGGUUCUGUGAGACUGAGACUGUGUGCUGUCUUGUGGAGGGUUGGUGUCGUGAAAGGGCAGGGAUGAAGUUUGUGCAGGGUGAGACUUUAUGGUGAGAGAAGAGUCCUGUGUUGCCGUGAGCAGUUUGUGGGGAGGGUUGUGGCAGAAAGAUAAAACCAGCAUUCACAUUAUGCCGGAUACACCUGGUAUUUUGCUAGCCCAGCAGAACCAAGCGAACCUCAGUGAGAAACUGUACAAGCUUGCGAUGGAGGAAGAGAAGAAAAAGGGCUACGACAUGCGGGCAGAUGCCAUUCCUAUCAAGUCUGCGAAAGCUUCCAGAGACAUUGCAAGUGAUUACAAGUAUAAAGAAGGCUAUCGCAAGCAGCUUGGCCACCACAUAGGGGCCCGUAACAUAGAGGAUGAUCCAAAGAUGGUGUGGUCGAUGCACGUAGCCAAGAUCCAGAGUGACAGGGAGUACAAGAAAGCCUUUGAGAAGACAAAGACACACUUCAGUAGCCCAGUGGACAUGCUGGGAAUCGUGUUGGCCAAGAAAUGUCAGGAGCUGGUCAGUGACGUUGAUUACAAGCACCCUCUGCAUCGCUGGACCUGUCUGCCCGACCAGAACGAUGUUGUACAAGCCAGGAAAGUGUACGACCUUCAGAGUGAUAAUGUGUACAAGUCCGACCUUCUGUGGCUGAGGGGCAUCGGCUGGCUGCCAAGUGGUUCACUGGAUGAUGAGAAGAAUAAGAGGGCGAGCCUCAUCCUGAGUGACAAGAAGUAUCGGCAACACCCAGACACCAUCAAAUUCACGAGCCUUCCUGACUCGAUGCCUAUGGUUCUGGCAAAGCACAACUCUGAAAUUAUGAACCAACGCUCGUACACGUCGGCGUGGGAGAAAGAUAAAACCAGCAUUCACAUUAUGCCGGAUACACCUGGUAUUUUGCUAGCCCAGCAGAACCAAGCGAACCUCAGUGAGAAACUGUACAAGCUUGCGAUGGAGGAAGAGAAGAAAAAGGGCUACGACAUGCGGGCAGAUGCCAUUCCUAUCAAGUCUGCGAAAGCUUCCAGAGACAUUGCAAGUGAUUACAAGUAUAAAGAAGGCUAUCGGAAGCAGCUUGGCCACCACAUAGGGGCCCGUAACAUAGAGGAUGAUCCGAAGAUGGUGUGGUCGAUGCACGUAGCCAAGAUCCAGAGUGACAGGGAGUACAAGAAAGCCUUUGAGAAGACAAAGACACACUUCAGUAGCCCAGUGGACAUGCUGGGAAUCGUGUUGGCCAAGAAAUGUCAGGAGCUGGUCUGACGUUGAUUACAAGCACCCUCCGACAUUGAUUACCGCCACUAUCUGCAUCAGUGGACUUGCCUGCCCGACCAGAACGAUGUUAUCCAUGCUAAGAAAGCCUACGAUCUACAGAGUGAUAACUGCUACAAGUCUGACCUUGAGUGGUUGCGGGGCAUUGGAUGGAUCCCAGUUGGUUCCUUGGAUGUUGAAAAAGCCAAGAAGGCAGGCGAGAUCUUGAGUGAUAAAAUAUACCGUCAGCCCCCAGACACAAUCAAGUUUACUAGCGUCACUGAUUCUCUAGAGAUGGUCUUAGCCAAGCAGAAUGCAGAUACAAUGAAUAAGCGUUUAUAUACUGAGGCCUGGGAUAAAGACAAGACACAAAUCCACAUAAUGCCUGACACACCUGAAAUCACACUGGCAAAACAGAACAUGCAAAACUACAGUGCGAAACUAUACAAGCAGGCCAUGGAAGAAGCAAAAAAGAAAGGCUAUGAUUUGAGAAGUGAUGCGAUCCCCAUUCAAGCUGCCAAAGCAUCCAGGCAAAUCGCCAGUGAUUACAAAUACAAAGAAGGCUAUCGCAAGCAGCUUGGCCACCACAUAGGGGCCCGUAACAUAGAGGAUGACCCGAAGAUGAUGUGGUCGAUGCACGUAGCCAAGAUCAAGAGUGACAGGGAGUACAAGAAAGCCUUUGAGAAGAAAAAGACACACUUCAGUAGCCCAGUGGACAUGCUGGGAAUCGUGUUGGCCAAGAAAGAGCGGGUCGGUGCCUUUGUUCCCCGCCACUAUCUGCACCAGUGGAUCUGUCUGCCCGACCAGAACGAUGUUAUCCAUGCUAAGAAAGCCUACGAUCUACAGAGUGAUAACUGCUACAAGUCUGACCUUGAGUGGUUGCGGGGCAUUGGUUGGGUCCCAAUUGGUUCCUUGGAUGUUGAAAAAGCCAAGAAGGCAGGCGAGAUCUUGAGUGAUAAAAUAUACCGUCAGCCCCCAGACACAAUCAAGUUUACUAGCGUCACUGAUUCUCUAGAGAUGGUCUUAGCCAAGCAGAAUGCAGAUACAAUGAAUAAGCGUUUAUACACUGAAGCAUGGAAUAAAGAUAAGACCAUGGUUCACGUCAUGCCUGACACACCAGAAAUCCUGCUAGCUAAACAAAAUCAAUUAAACUACAGUCAGAAAAUGUACAAACUAGCUCUGGAGGAAUCGAAGAAGAAGGGUCAUGAUUUGCGUUUUGAUGCCAUUCCUAUUCAAGCUGCCAGAGCAUCCAGAGAGAUUGCCAGUGAUUACAAAUACAAAGAAGGCUAUCGGAAGCAGCUUGGCCACCACAUAGGGGCCCGUAACAUAGAGGAUGACCCGAAGAUGAUGUGGUCGAUGCACGUAGCCAAGAUCCAGAGUGACAGGGAGUACAAGAAAGCCUUUGAGAAGACAAAGACACACUUCAGUAGCCCAGUGGACAUGCUGGGAAUCGUGUUGGCCAAGAAAUGUCAGGAGCUGGUCAGUGACGUUGAUUACCGCCACUAUCUGCACCAGUGGAUCUGUCUGCCCGACCAGAACGAUGUUAUCCAUGCUAAGAAAGCCUACGAUCUGCAGAGUGAUGCUGUUUACAAAUCAGACCUGGAAUGGCUAAGAGGUAUUGGAUGGGUUCCUAUUGGUUCCAUGGAAGUUGAGAAGGCUAAGAAAGCUGGGGAAAUCCUGAGUGAAAGGAAGUAUCGUCAGCCAGCUGACCAAAUUAAAUUUACUAGUGUGACAGACUCUUUGGCCAUGGUCUUAGCCAAGCAAAAUGCUGAGAUAAUGAACAAGCGUUUAUACACGGAAGCCUGGGAUGCAGACAAAACAUCGAUUCACGUCAUGCCUGACACACCGACAAUUUUGUUAGCGAAGGCCAAUGCAGCUAACAUUAGCCAUAAACUUUAUAUACAAGCCUGGGAAGAGGCCAAAAAGAAGGGUUAUGACAUGAGAGCUGAUGCAAUUCCAAUCCGAAGUGCAAAGGCAUCAAGAGAUAUUGCGAGUGAUUACAAGUACAAAGAGACCCACGAGAAGCAGAAGGGCCACUACAUCGGGUGCCGAACUGCCCGGGAGGAUCCCAAGCUGUCGUGGGCUGCGCGUGCCAUGUUGCUGCAGAACGACCGCCUUUACAGGAAGGCGUACCACGAUUCCAAGGCCCGGAUCCACAUUCCGGUCGACGCGAUGUCAGUGCAGGCAGCCAAGGAGUGCCAGACACUAGUCAGUGAUGUGGACUACCGCCACUACCUUCACCAGUGGACCUGUCUGCCUGACCAGAAUGACGUGAUCCAAGCAAGGAAGGCCUACGACCUACAGAGUGAUAACGUGUACAAGUCAGACCUGGAGUGGUUGCGAGGCAUCGGCUGGCUGACAGAAGGUUCUGUGGAUGUGGUGAAAGCAAAGAAAGCCCAGGACCUCCUGAACGAGAGGUUGUACCGCACACGGCCAGAGGAGCUGAAAUUCACCAGCAUUACUGACACGCCAGACGUUGUCCAGGCUAAGAUCAAUGCUCUGCAGAUCAGUGAUCAUCUGUACCGUGAAGCCUGGGACAGAGAUAAGACGCAGAUUUCCAUCCCUUCCGAUACUCCUGUAAUGCUGCAGUCCAAAGCCAAUGCUCUCAACAUCAGCAACAAACACUAUCAGAAGGCCUGGGAUGAGGCCAAGGCAAAAAGCUACGACAUAAGAGCUGAUGCCAUUCCCAUCAAACACGCCAAGGCUUCCAGAGACAUUGCUAGCGAGUACAAGUACAAAGAGACACACGAGAAGCAGAAGGGCCACUACAUCGGGUGCCGAACUGCCCGGGAGGAUCCCAAGCUGUCGUGGGCUGCGCGUGCCAUGUUGCUGCAGAACGACCGCCUUUACAGGAAGGCGUACCACGAUUCCAAGGCCCGGAUCCACAUUCCGGUCGACGCGAUGUCAGUGCAGGCAGCCAAGGAGUGCCAGACACUAGUCAGUGAUGUGGACUACCGCCACUACCUUCACCAGUGGACCUGUCUGCCUGACCAGAAUGACGUGAUCCAAGCAAGGAAGGCCUACGACCUACAGAGUGAUGUUGUGUAUAAGUCAGACCUAGAAUGGCUGCGUGGAAUUGGCUGGUUGCCUAAUGACUCUCCAGAUGUUAAGAGAGUGAAGCAUGCCCAGGAUCUCCUGAGUGAUAAUGUGUAUCGUACACCCAUUGAAAGCCUGAAGUACACCAGUGUUGUUGAUUCUCCAGAUGUUCUUCUAGCUAAAGUGAACGCGGAACAAGUCAGCAUUCCAAAAUACAAAGAAGCCUGGGAAAAGGACAAGACUAUGAUCCAUAUUAUGCCAGACACACCUGAAAUCAACCUAGCCAAGACUAAUGCUGCUAAUUAUAGCCAGAAACUGUAUAAAGAAGCUUGGGAUGAGCUGAAGAUCAGUUAUGAUUUGAGAGCAGAUGCAAUCCCAAUCAAGGCAGCCAAAGCUUCUAGAGAAAUUGCUAGUGAUUAUAAAUACAAACUGGAUCAUGAGAAGCAGAAAGGACAUUAUGUUGGAGUUCCAAAUGCAAAAGCAGAUACAAAAAUGCAGUUUGCCCUCGGCAUAGGCAAAGUUCAGAGCGAAUUAGAGUACAAGAAACACUUUGCCAAAUGGAAGACACAGUGCCACCUGCCAGCAGACAUGCUAUCUAUCCUAUCAGCGAAACAUGGUCAGUCUUUGGUCAGUGAUGUUGAUUAUCGUCAUUACUUGCAUCAGUGGAUCUGUCUUCCAGAUCAGAAUGAUGUCAUACAGGCGAGGAAAGCCUAUGAUCUUCAGAGUGAUGCUAUUUACAAAUCUGAUUUAGAAUGGCUACGGGGUAUUGGAUGGUUGCCAAAUGAUUCAGUUGGAAUCAACCAUGUCAAACAUGCUGGAGAUCUCUUGAAUGAGAGAAAGUACCGUACAAAAGCUGAAACGCUUCCAUUUACUCCAGUGGCGGACAGAGUUGAUUAUAUCACAGCAAAGAAUAGUGGUGAAAUUGUUAGCGAUGUUAAAUACCACAAAGCAUGGAAUGAGGUCAAGUCAAAUUACACUCUAACAGAUACACCACAGCUAGAUAUGGCCCGAGAGGCAGCCAGAAUUCUUAAUCAGAAUUUAUACAAGGAAAGUUGGGAGAAAGAAAAAGCCACUGGUUACCUCUUACCUCCUGACACUGUGCAGAUCUCUCAUGCCAAACACUCCAAUGAUGUCCAAAGUGAGCUUAAAUACAAAGCUGACUACGUCAAACAAAGAGGUCACUAUGUUGGAGUUGCCAGCAUGAGAGAUGAUCCAAAACUGGUGUGGUUUGAGCAUGCAGGCGAGAUCCAGAAUGACAGAUUGUACAAAUCAGACUAUCACAAAACAAAGUCCAAAAUUCACAUCCCUCCGGAUAUGGUGUCAGUUGUAGCAGCAAAGGAAUGUCAGACCUUGGUCAGCGAUAUUGACUACCGCCAACACCUGCACGAAUGGACGUGCCAUCCUGACCAGAAUGACUGUAUUCAGGCAAGGAAGGCCUACGAUCUGCAAAGUGAUAAUAUUUAUAAGUCUGAUUUGGAAUGGCUUCGUGGCUGUGGCUGGAUUCCUCUGGACUCAGUGGAACACAAGAAAGUUAAGAAUGCACAAGAACUGAUAAACAAGAGAGCAUAUACGAAAGAAGCCCUGGAUAACUUUUCCAAUUAUACCAGUGUGGUUGACACUCCUGACAUUGUUUUGGCAAAGAUUAACUCUGUCAAUCAGAGUGAUCUGAAAUACAAAGAAACAUUUAACCUUGAGAAAGGCCAGUAUAUUGGGUCUGAUGAUACUCCUGCGCUGAACCAUGCCAAAGACAUGUCCUUACUAUACAGUGAGAAACUUUAUAAAAAUGCUUGGGAAAUUAGCAAGCCCAUUGGGUAUACUUUGGAUGAGAAAUAUAUUCCAGUUGUUGGAGCGAAGCGUGCAAACUACAUAAAUAGUGAGCUUAAAUAUAAGGAAAUAUAUGAGAAGUUGAAAGGCCAUUACCUGGCUGGGAAGGAGAUUGGUGAUUUCCCCAGUGUCAUUCAUUCGCUAGCAUUCCAGAAAAUGAGGAGCGCGUUGGCAUACAGAAAGAAUUAUGAAGACACCAAAGCAAAUGUCCAUAUUCCAAGUGACAUGAUGAAUCAUGUGCUAGCCAAGAAGUGCCAGUAUAUCCUCAGUGAUCUCGAAUACCGAAAUUACUUCCAUCACUGGAAUUGUUCACCUGAAGAAAAUGAUGUUAUUCAAGCCAGAAAAGCCCAGGAAAUUUUGAGUGAUGUGGUGUAUAAAGAUGACUUAAACUGGCUGAAGGGACUUGGAUGUUAUGUCUGGGAUACUCCACAAAUCCUGCAUGCUAAAAAGUCGUAUGACCUCCAGAGCCAAAUAAAAUACACAGCUGCAGGAAAAGAGAAUUUGCAGAACUUUGGUGUUGUUACUGACACACCUCUCUAUGUGACUGCAGUGCAGAGUGGUGCAAAUGCUAGUGAUGUGAAAUACAAGCAAGAUUACCACAAAACUAAGGACAAGUAUACAACUGUGACUGAAACAGUGGAUUCUGAAAGAGUUCAAAAUUUGAAACAUCUCUUUAGCAAUAAUCUCUACAAGAAAGCCUGGGAUAAAGUGAAAGCUACUGGCUAUAUAAUGCCCUCUGAUGCUGUAUCUCUAGCACGUGCAAAAGAACUGAAGCAUAAUGCUAGUACUGUAAAAUACCGAGAAGAAUAUGACAAGUUUAAAGCACUGUACACACUACCCAGAGGUGUUGAGGAUGAUCCCAAUACAGCAAGGUGCCUCAGAGUUGGAAAGCUGAAUAUUGAUCGUCUGUACAAGGAAGUCUAUGAAAAGAAUAAAGCCAAAGUCCACAUUAUUCCAGACAUGGUAGACAUAAUUUCUGCUAAGGAUGCACAGAAGAAAAUCAGUGAAAUUGAUUACCGCACACAUCUCCACGAAUGGAUCUGUCUACCAGAUCUUCAGAUCAAUGCCCAUGUUCGAAAAGUAACUGAUCAGCUCAGUGAUGUGAUAUACAAGGAUGAUCUCAACUGGCUGAAAGGCGUUGGCUGCUUUGUUUGGGACACUCCUGAAAUUCUCCAUGCCAAACAUGCCUACGAUCUUCGCAGUGAUAUUAAGUACAAAUCCAAGGCAGAAAAAAUGAAGAAUGACUAUACUGUGGUCAUGGACACUCCUGUCUACGUCCAGAAUGUCCUCAGUGGCUUGAAUUCAAGUGAAGCUGUCUAUCGUGGUGAAUAUAUGCACAAUGUUAAAGGCAAAAUGAUUCCUACUGAUAAAACAGUAGAUUUGGAGCGGGCAUAUCAUGCGAACAAAAUACAGAGUGAAAAUUUGUAUCGCUGGGCUGGUGUGAAAGCUCUGCCUACGGGAUACAGCCUUCCCACAGAUACCCCCAGCUUUCAGCAUGCUAAAGAAGUCCAGUACAUUGGCAGUGAUCUGAAAUAUAAAGAAGCCUAUGAGCACAUGAAAGCUAAAGGCUAUACUCUGGGACCCAAGGAUGUUGGCUUUGAAAAUGUGAAGAAAGUGAAUCAAGUCAUUAAUGAGAGGCUGUAUCGGGCGACAUACCACAAGUACAAGGACAAGAUUCAUACCACUCCAGACACACCAGAAAUCCGUCAAGUCAGAGCAACACAGGAAGCUGUCAGUGAUCUAAUCUACAAGUCAGAUUUCUUUAAGAUGCAGGGACACUUGAUUUCCUUGCCAUACACUCCUCAGGUGUUGCACUGCCGCCAUGUUGGGGACAUCACAAGUGAUAAUAAAUACAAAGAGGAUCUGAAGUGGUUGAGGGGCUUGGGUUGCUUCCUGUAUGAUACUCCUGAUAUGGUCCGUGCUCGUGAGCUGCGUAAGCUUUGGUCUAAUUACAUAUACACUGAUACUGCAAAGAAGAUGUGGCCUAAAUGCAAUGUGGUAUUGGAUACUCCUGGAUACAGAGCAGUUCAGGAACUAAAAACCCAUUUGAGUGAACUGGUUUACAGAGCUGCAGGCAAGGAGCUGAAGACAAAAUACACUUCCCUCCUUGAUACACCUGACUUCUUAAGAGCCAAGCAAGGACAAAAAAUACAGAGCCAGUACUUGUACGUGGAACUUGCCACAAAAGAGAGACCCCAUCAUCAUGCUGGUGGUCAGACUCCCGCCUUUACACAUGCUAGGCAUGUAAAGGACAUGGUCAGUGAGAAAAAGUAUAAAAUCCAGUAUGAGAAGAUGAAGGACAGAUACACGCCUGUCGCUGACACACCGGUCUUGAUCAGAGCCAAGAGAGCAUACCUGAAUGCCAGUGAUUUGCGCUACAAAGAAACCUUUGAGCAUACUAAGGGCAAAUACCACACAGUGAAAGAUGCUUUGGAUAUUGUCUAUCAUCGAAAGGUCACCGAUGAUAUUAGCAGCGUGAAAUAUAAGGAAAAUUACAUGAGCCAGUUAGGAAUCUGGAGAUCGAUCCCAGACCGCCCGGAGCAUUACCAUCAUCGCGCAGUCACAGAUGCUAUUAGUGAUGUUAAAUACAAGGAAGACUUAUCAUGGCUCAGAGGCACUGGCUGUUAUGCAUGGGAUACUCCAACUUUUACUCUGGCAGAGAAGAAUAAGGUGCUCUACAGUGGGUGUAAGUACAAGGAGAUAUUCGAGAAGACUAAGUCUCACUUUAAUUAUGUAGCCGACUCUCCAAUUAACAAGCAUUUUAAACAUGCAACUCAGUUGAUGGAUGGGAAAAAGUAUAAAUCGUUUGCCAAGAUGCUCCUGCAACAUGGAUGUAAUGAAAUUCUGAGGCCAGAUAUGCUGACAGCACUCUACAACACAUACUUAUGGAGCCAGGUUGAAUACAAAAAGGACUAUGAAAAGAAGAAAGACAAGUAUACGACAAUUGUGGAUACUCCAGAACACUUAAGGACUACAAAAGUCAACAAGCAGAUUAGUGAUAUUAUUUACAAGUUGGAAUAUAACAAAGCGAAGCCGAAAGGCUAUACUACAAUCCAUGAUACACCUAUGUUAUUGCAUGUGCGCAAGGUCAAGGACAGAAUAAGUGAUCUGAAAUACAAAGAACUGUAUGAGAGGAGUAAAUCUCACUGCAAUGUCAUAGCAGAUUCAGUUCAUAUCAAGACUCCAAGGCAUGCAUACAAGCUGAACAGCAAUCUUGAUUAUAAGAAGAAAUAUGAAGCAGCCAAGGCCCACUGGCACUGGAUUGCUGAUAGGCCAGACUUUGUUCAAGCAGCCAAGUCAUCUCUGCAACAGAGUGAUUAUGAAUACAAACUGGACCGGGAAUUCCUAAAGGGAUGCAAACUCUCUGUCACAGAUGACAAAAACACAGUAUUGGCUUUAAAUAAUGCCAUCUUGGCCAGUGAUAUAAAAUACAAAGAGAAGCAUAACAAAGCUCGGGGAACGUACCAUGUUGUUCCAGAUACACCUCAGAUCCUCCUGGCGAAGAAUGUCAGCUCUCUUGUAUCUGAGAACAAAUACAAAGAACACAGCAAGAAGCAGCUUCCACAUGGGUCAUAUACAACCCUGCCAGAGACACGAGACACUGCUCAUGUCAAAGAGGUGACCAAGAAUGUCAGUGAGACAAACUAUAAAAAGAAGUUUGUGAAAGAGAAAGGCAGGUCUAAUUAUUCUGUCAUGCUGGAGCCUCCCGAAGUAAAACAUGCCAUGGAAGUUGCUAAAAAACAGAGUACGAUUGAGUACAAGAAAGAUGCAAAGUCAAAGCUCCACUACACACCUAUAGCGGAUCGACCAGAUAUUAAGAAAGCAACUCAGGCUGCCAAGUUAAUUAGUGAUAUUGAAUACAAAAAGCGUGGAGAAGCUGGCAUUGGCGUAACCAUGCUGGGACGUCCAGACAUUGAACUGGCAAAGGAGGUGUCCAAGCUAACUAGCCAGGCAGAGUACCUCAAACGACAUAUGAGAGGGCAUGGAGCUGCAUCCUAUGAUACCCCAUGGAUGAGAACCUUUAAGAAAGCUAAUAUGCUAAGUAGUCAUGUGAAAUACAAGGAGAAUUUUUCCAAAGAGAUGGGUAAAAAGCCAAAGUAUGAUUUAAAGGAGGCUAAAAUCUACAAAACCAUGAAAGAUGCUCACAACAUGGCUAGUGAGGUGAAAUACAAGGCAGAUUUAAAGAAACUGCAUAAGCCUGUCACAGACAUGUCUGAAUCGCUGAUCAUGAACCACGUCCUGAGUACCAGCCAGCUCGCCAGUGCCUACCAGUACAAGAAGCAAUAUGAGAAGAGUAAGGGUCACUACCAUGUGGUGCCAGAUAAUCUUGAACAGGUUCAUCUAAGGGAGGCAUCAGAACUACAGAGCCACGUGAAAUACAGAGAAAAGUAUGAGAAGGAAAAAGGAAAGCCUAUGUUGGACUUUGAAACUCCAACAUACCUUACUGCAAAGGAAUCGCAGCUCAUGCAGAGCGAGAAAGAAUAUAAGAAGGACUUUGAAGAGUCCAUUAAGGGCAGAAACCUUACUGGCUUGGAGAUUACACCAUCCUUAUUACAUGUCAAAUAUGCAACACAAAUAGCAAGCGAGAAAGAGUACAGGAAGGAUCUGGAGGAAGGUGUCAAAGGUAAAGGACUAACAGCCUUAGAGGAGACUCCAGACAUGUUAAGAGCGAAGAAUGCAACUCAAAUCCUGAACGAGAAAGAAUACAAAAAGGCCUUAGAACUAGAAAUCAGAGGAAAAGGUCUGACAGAACUGGCUUUGGAAACUCCGGAUUUUGUGAGAGCAAAGAAUGCCACUGACAUUGCCAGCCAGAUCAAAUACAAGCAAUUGGCAGAAAUGGAGAAAGCCAACUACACCAGUGUUGUUGAUACUCCCGAGAUUAUUCAUGCCCAGCAGGUCAAGAACCUUUCGAGCCAGAAAAAGUACAAGGAAGAUGCAGAAAGGACCAUGCCAUACUAUGUGCCUGUAGCAGACACACCAGAAAUGCAGAGAGUCCGUGAGAAUCAAAAGAACUUCAGCACACUUCAGUAUCAGUGGGACCUACAGAACAGUAAAGGAAAAGUUACAGUUGUACAAGACACACCAGAAAUGCUGCGUGUGAAAGAAAACCAGAAGAAUUUCAGCUCGAUUUUAUAUAAAGAAGAUAUUGGAACUGGAACUACUAUUGAAAAGACACCAGAGAUGCAGAGAGUUAAACGAACCCAGGAUGCAAUUAGCUCGAUUAAGUACAAGGAGAGCAUUGGAAAAGGCACUCCAAUUCCCGACCUCCCGGAAGUGAAGCGUGUCAAGGAGACACAGAAGCACAUCAGUUCGGUGUUGUACAAAGAGGACCUAGGGACAGGUAUCCCAACAUCUGUCACUCCAGAAAUAGAGCGAGUCAAACGCAAUCAAGAACACAUUAGCUCGGUGUUGUACAAAGAGGGCUUAGGGACUGGCAUCCCCACACCGGUGACUCCAGAGAUGGAGAGAGUCAAACGCAAUCAAGAGAACAUUAGCUCGGUGUUGUACAAAGAGGGGCUGGGGAUCGGCACCCCGGUACCUGUCACUCCUGAGAUGGAGAGGGUCAAACGCAAUCAAGAAAACUUUAGCUCGGUGUUGUACAGAGAGGAUCUGGGGCGAGCAACCCCCACACCUGUCACUCCUGAGAUUGAAAGAGUCAAACGCAAUCAAGAAAACUUUAGCUCGGUGUUGUACAAAGAGGACCUGGGGACAGGAACCCCCACACCUGUCACUCCGGAGAUUGAGAGAGUCAAACGCAAUCAAGAACACAUUAGCUCGGUGUUGUACAAAGAGGACCUGGGGACAGGAACCCCCACACCUGUCACUCCCGAGGUUGAGAGAGUCAAACGCAAUCAAGAACACAUUAGCUCGGUGUUGUACAAAGAGAGCGUGGGGACUGGAACCCCCACUCCUGUCACUCCGGAGAUGGAGAGGGUCAAACGCAAUCAAGAAAUCUGUAGCUCGGUGUUGUAUAAAGAAAACAUAGGGAAAGCAACCCCGACACCUGUCACUCCCGAGAUGGAAAGAGUCAAACGCAAUCAAGAAAUCAUUAGCUCGGUUUUGUACAAAGAAAAUGUGGGGAAAGUGACCCCAACACCAAUCACUCCAGAGAUGGAGAGAGUCAAACGCAAUCAAGAAAUCAUUAGCUCGGUGUUGUACAAAGAGAACUUGGGGCGAGCAACCCCCACACCUGUCACUCCAGAGAUGGAGAGAGUCAAACGCAAUCAAGAACACAUUAGCUCGGCCGCCUACAGAGAAGGCUUAGGGAAGGCAACCCCCACACCAGUCACCCCGGAGAUGGAGAGGGUCAGACGCAACCAAGAACACAUUAGCUCGGUUUUGUACAAGGAACAUCUGGCAAAAGGAACUCCAACACCAAUGACUCCGGAGAUGGAGAGAGCCAAACGCAAUCAGGAAAACAUCAGCUCGGUUCUUUAUUCAGACAGUUUCCGAAAACAAGUACAGGGCAAAGCUGCGUACGUACUGGAUACACCGGAGCUGCGGCGCGUUCGAGAGACCCAGAAACACAUCUCUACAGUGAAAUACCAUGAAGAUUUUGAGAAGAACAAAGGCAGUUUCACCCCCGUGGUUACCGACCCCAUUACAGAACGCGUGAAAAAGAACAUGCAGGACUUCAGUGACAUCAGCUACAGGGGCAUUCAGCGGCGAGUAGUAGAAAUGGAGCGAAAGCGCGUGGACCAGGAUCAGGAGACUCUCACCGGUCUUCGUGUGUGGCGCACUAAUCCCGGGUCCGUCUUUGACUACGACCCAGCAGAAGACAAUAUUCAGUCCAGAAGCUUACACAUGAUCUCAGUCCAAGCCCAGCGCCGCAGCCGGGAGCACUCCCGCUCUGCCAGUGCCUUGAGCCUCAGUGGUGGUGAGGAAAAAUCCGAACCCUCAGAGGGUGUGGAUCAGCAUUUGUCCUACUACAGCAACGGGGGCUUCUUUACCACAACUGCAACAGUGGGCUACAAACAUGCUAAAACCGUGGAGUUGCCACAGCAACGGUCAUCGUCAGUCGCCACCCAGCAGACAACGGUGUCGUCGGUUCCUUCCCACCCAUCCACUGCUGGCAAGACGUACCGGGCCAUGUAUGACUACAUGGCAGCCGACGCUGACGAGGUUUCCUUCAAAGAUGGCGACACGAUCGUAAACGUACAAGCGAUCGAUGAAGGCUGGAUGUAUGGGACUGUCCAGAGAACCGGCAAGACGGGCAUGCUGCCGGCCAACUACGUGGAGGCUGUCUAA